AGCGCAAUGCAGUCCUGCAACGGCACGGCCCGGCAGCAGACGGCAAAGUGUGGCUUCUGCUGCGGCGUUGCAGACGAUACCACUUUUAUGGUUUAUGGUUUAAUGGAGUAUUUCAUUCACUUCUGAAUAGUUCUUGAGCGGUCUCGGGACUUGGGAUUCGUAUUUAGUGCAGUGACGUUUUAUUUAGGUUGUUUGCUACUGUACUACGAAUGAUUAUUUCGACUGAAAGCUCACCUCACCAUAGCAGAAUGAUAUUCAAUUGAGCAUAACUCAGAUAGAAGAGCCCACUGGAGUUUACAUAACCUACUGUUUUUCUAGUGUGAAUAUUCUGUCAUCAAAAACUCUAAGCAAUGGACCAGAAACUACUUUAUGCCUUCCGUGGAUGGAUUGCAUUCAUUGCUUUUAUGGAUAUGGGAACAGCUGUAAGAUGCCUUAUUGAAAAGCGUUCCAUUCUAGGGGAACAAUCCUUCACAAAAAUAGAUAAUUUGAGUCAACAGCGUGAUGAUUCUACACUUCCCAGAAUUCUUGGAGCCUAUUCGGUUCUGAAAGCUUUAGCUCUUAUUCAUUGUACUCUCUACAUCCAUUACAAACCUGUUGUGAGUAUGGGAAUUUGCUCACUUGUCUUGACUCUGCUUGUUUACAUCUCUGAGGCUUUGUAUUAUCAGUCAACAACAUUCAACUUUUAUGUACUGUUUCCUUGUGUGAUCAAUUCUUUGACACUUUUGGGCCUUUGGUUCUUACCUCGACGCCUUCUUGAAGCAGAUCCAGUGACUACAGAUGAAAAUGCUGAACUCCUGAAGAUGGCUGGGGGCAUGCGUAGGAGACGUGCACCUAAAGUGAAGGCUGAUGGUUAAGUUAUGUCUUCCAUAAUGUCUCAAGACCAGUAAUUGCAUUUUAGAUUACCUGAAAGUUCUGAUUCAAAGUGGCAACACUGGCUACUGGCUAGUGCAAUUUUCUAGUCAUUUUUAACUAUUUUAAUUUUUAAAAGAAAUGUUUUUGUGAUCUUGUUUUGCUUGACUGACAAUUUUUACUUUUUGUGUUCCAUGUUUCCCUUGCUUCACAACACUUCAAAGCAGUCAAUUAUUAACACCCAUUAGUUAUUUACUUGUGAGCCGAAAUGUACAGCAAACGUUGUUUUCCCUAUUUAGUGUACUCGUUUUUACUUUUUUAUUUGCUUUAUUUAUUUUGUUAUCAUUUUUUCACUAGUAUUACAUUUUUAUAGUUUUUCUUACGACUGUCCUAAACAACCUUAUUGCAUUUUCUCAGCACUUGUGGUGUUUCUAGGUUGCUUAAUUUGCUUGAAAGUUUGUUUAACUUUUUGACAGGAUGGUAACGUAUUGUUCCGGGCAUUUUACUAAUGCAGAUGCUAGUCAUGUGAUUGCACAUAUCAAGGAUGUACAGGAGAUUUGAGGGUAUUUUUCCUGUAGGAAGUGUACCAACUCAAUUGGAGUUAUUAUCUUCAUGUAAAGAGAGGUGACAUGUUAUUUUAACAAUAAGCACGGAUUACAAAGUUGACCAUUGGUGAGGGCAAAAAGGACCAAUUUUUGAAUGUUAUGUUUAAAAAUUUGAAGGCCCCAUCCCCUUUACCAGUUGUACCUUUUGUUGUGGAUCUGCUAGAACUGUUUAUUUGUGAUAGACAUGCCUGGGUUUUGUGUAUUGUGUAGUUCGUUUCCUAGUCUGUAGCUUGUCACUAGUUUAAAUAAAAUGUUGUCAGCGAAGUAUCUAAAUAGAUUUUUCCCAUAAUUGAGAGCAGUUUUCCACUAUAGUUUAUAAAGUAAACAAUAAUUCUGACAUUGCAGAAAGGCUGACAAUUUUUGUUCUUCAAUGAAGUACCGGAUAAAUUUAUUAUGUACCAUGGAGUACAUUGUAGUGUGCCACAGCUAAAAGCAAUAAUUUAGAAAAUAAGAGUCAUUUUGUGUAUGGAGGUACUGUUAUUGCAAUAAAGCAAAAUGCAUUCUGUGAUAGGUCCUGCUCAUGUUGUAGUGUAUUUUGAUUGUUUUUACUAGUUUAUGACAAUGCCACUACAUUAGAGCAUCUGUAGACAACAAGAAUUCAUAGCCGAUCUUGAGAGGUUUUCAAAAACCACCAUGUAAGAAUGACAUUUCUUCCCAGCACAUAAGCAGUGUCGUUCAGUGCAAGGUGCCUGUGUUACAGGGUAGGCAAGGGGAAAAAGUACAGUAACAAAAAAUUGUUCUUCUGGAAACUGUGCUUAAAGAGUCUAUCUGGAGGAAUGAUUUGUCACCUUUGCGAUGUGUGAGCUAGGCUCAAUUCCGGAGACAAUGAUGCCUUUAUUUGACUUAUCUACUAAUUUAAAGGAUAUCCAUAAAACUGUUUAACAAAUGGAGGUUGUGGAGUUCUUAGUUUAUCUAUAGUAAAUAAGGGUUUUCAUUCAAUGUGGAGGUUAGCAAUAUGUCGUUAUAUCUUGACAACUUGUUGAAAUUGUUUGAAUAUUUUUCAAAUUGUAACAACCUUAUAUGUUCUUUUGUACUUUGUAAGCACAAGCAACUAAAACUAUUGACAACGAGUAGGAAAAUAAAGUGUUAUAAAAUUGU